CGCAAGCGGAAGCGGCCUCUCGAGCAUGAGUGACAAAAAGCGCCAGCCAAUGAAAAGACCGUAGCCGGGUGACCGGCGGGCGGCUCGGCCAAUAGCGAGCCUCCCUUUGAGCUCGGCCCCGGUUAGCGUGAGCGUGAAGGCGGCGCGCGUUGGCCGGAGCUCCGACGAGGAGGAGAUGGGCAGAAGCUGAACAUGGCGGACGGCGAUAGCGGGAGCGAGCGCGGCGGCAGCAGCGGUGGCUUCCAGCACUUUCAGCGCGAACAGGAGACCCAGGAGCUGGCCUCCAAGCGCCUGGACAUCCAGAAUAAACGUUUCUACCUGGACGUCAAGCAGAACAGCAAGGGCCGCUUCAUUAAGAUCGCCGAGGUCGGGGCGGGAGGCUCCAAAAGUCGGCUGACCCUGUCGCUGUCAGUGGCGGCCGAGGUGCGCGACUACCUCGGGGACUUCAUCGAGCACUACGCCCAACUGGGGCCCAGCAGCCCCGAGCAGAUAGCGCAGGCUUCUGCCGGCGACGACGGAGGUCCGCGGCGAGCCCUCAAGAGCGAGUUUCUGGUGCGCGAGAACCGAAAGUACUACUUGGACUUGAAGGAGAACCAGCGCGGGAGGUUCCUGCGAAUCCGCCAGACGCUCAACCGGGGGCCGGGCUCUGGCUUCGGGGGCCCCGCGGGGGGCGGCGGCGGCAUACUGGCCGGCCAGACCAUAGCCCUUCCGGCGCAAGGCCUGAUCGAGUUCCGCGACGCGCUGGCCAAGCUCAUCGACGACUACGGCGGCGACGACGACGAGCUGGCCGGCGGGGGCGUGGCGGCGGGAGGCUACGCCGAGCUCCCGGAGAAGACUUCCAUCAUGGUAGAUUCCAAGCGCUUCUUCUUCGACGUGGGCUCCAACAAGUACGGAGUCUUCUUGCGCGUCAGCGAGGUCAAGCCCAGCUACCGGAACUCCAUCACGGUGCCCUUUAAGGCCUGGGCCAAGUUCGGCGGAGCCUUCAGCCGCUACGCCGACGCCAUGAAGGAGAUACAGGAGCGCCACCGGGACAAGAUGUACGACAGGCGGGACGAGUCGGACGGCGACGACGUGGACGACGACUGACGUCCGUCCGUCCGCCCGCCCGCCAUUGGGGGGAGAAAAAAAAGAGCACGCGAGCGUCCAUCGGCCUCGUGCUGGAGUGUCACCGAGUUUCCAGCCGUCAAGUAGUCUGUGUCGUGGAGGCCGCCCGUGGGGACGUCCGUCCGUUCGUCGGCGUCCUUCGGCGUCCGUGUCUUCUUCUUGUCCGAUGUUUUGGCACUUUUACAAGUCAGCCGUGCGUGCAGGGGCGCAUUCUUAGCAAUACCGGCAGAGGGUCCAUGCAUUCUCUGCAAAGCGGACAUCUCUCCAGAGACGCCGGACACCGACUAACACGUCCGUGGAUCUUCCUGUUGCUUUUUUUCUUUUCCAAAAAACUCUAUACACAAGAUUAUAGGAAAAUUAUUGCAAACCAGCAAAAGAAAAAGAUAUUUUCAAAUACUUAUUGAUGAAAAAUGUAUUGUGUAAAAGGAAAUGUCCUCCGUUCAGAAAUAAAGAAAACCGCAAUUUCUUCCUAAAAAGUUGAAAACUUUU